UUAUGGGGGGCCACGGGCACGGUCAUCAUCAUGCCGAACCUUAUACCAUUCCAGAUUAUAGGAUAUACAAAGUGGAAGACGUUCCUGAACUCCUGACAACUCAGAGAGCCUUAGCUUCUCAAGGAUUGAAGGACCCCUGGCUUCGAAAUGAAGUAUGGCGAUAUAACCCCAAAGAAUUCGGCACUGAGAGUUACAGGACGAAGAUGGUGUUCUUCAGAGGAUUCAAAUAUGGUUUUGGUGCUUUCUUACUCACUAUUGCUGGGACUGCUCUGUAUGACAAAAUGUAUCCCAGUGACCACGGCCAUGGUCAUGGGGGACACCACUGAGUGUUGAUAGCCUCUUAGGAAAUAUUAGUUUUUACUGUGUGUCCAACAAGUGGCAAUAGUUGUAAACUUGCAUUGUUUGAGAUAUAUAUAGAAUAAAAAAUGUAAUAAACAUGUUUGUAGACGUUA